AUGUUACCGCCAGUCGAGGCCUCGGUCCUGCAAAAUAACCCCGAAUUCGCGGCGCUGCAUCACACUCUAACAACGGCAAUCCUUAACCCAGAUGGCUCGACCAAGAAACCGGCGACCAAAGAGCAUGAUGCGAUACAAAAUGAACUCGCAGACCACAGGUUUACAGCAGCAAAAGAACACCUCCUCAUAAGCGCAAUAUCAACAACCGCACCCCCAGAACCGAAAUCCGCUCCACCGAGAACAAUCUCCCGCACCACCACUACCUCACAACAACCACAAACCACCAGCACCAGCAACACGCAACAACAGCACCUCCCCGAGCCCCUCCUCGACCUCCUCCUCCUCCUCCCACCCCUCCUAAGCUCAACUUCCCCCCUCUCCCCCGAAUCCGCCACAAUCCUCCUCUCCAACCCACCCUUCACCGACUUCCAAUCCCUCCUCCCCCACCUAGGCGACCUCGUCUCAGCAACCCUCCACACCUCAGCCGUCUCCCUAGCCCGCAUCGCAAACCCGACGACAAACCCAUCCUUUCUCCACCGCGCCGUGCCGGGCCUGCAAACAACAUACCAUAAACUCGAAUCCGACGUCCGCGAAUCAAAACUCGCCUUGACUCGAGAACGUCUCCGCGCGGCGGAUACACUCACAAGAUGUCUGAACGAGCACGCUGCAGCCUUGACGCUCCUGGUUAGAAGCCUGGAGGCCAAACACGGCGUCGUGGCGCGGAGUCUCGAGUUUCGGGCUGCGGAGACGGGAUUGGCGGCGCAGAGGGCCGAGGCGGAUGCCGUGAGUGCGAGGGAGGGGGUUCGGAGGGAGGUGUAUUCGCCUGAGAUGGUGGCUGCGCUGACGAAUUAUUCUGCGCAUUUGAGGGAUGCGAGGAUGAGGCUUGAGGGGACGAUUAUUACGCUCAGGGCCGAGUUGGAGGGGUACGGGGUUGGAAUUGAGGGGGAGGAGGGCAAGGCGCGGACGAUGAAGGAGAUGGCGAGGAAGAAGAGGCAAAUGGAGAGGGAGUUGGAGGAUGCGAGUCGGGAUUUGGCAAGGUUGGAUAGGGCGUGA